AUGGAGGCGUACGAGGCGAGGUGCGCGGACGUGGGCGCGCGGGCGGCGGCGACGCCGAGCGCGGCGCUGCGAUACGCCGAGUUGAUGGAGGUCGUGAACGGACGACGCGACGACGUGGGGGCGGAGAGAUUGCGAGCGAUCGAGCGAGGGAUGGAUGCGGACGUCGAGGCGUACGAGGCGUGGACGAGGGAGGCGGAGGAAGAGACGGCGCGCGAGGAGGCGGCGGCGACGACGAGGGAGGGCGAGGCGGACGCGGCGGAAGCGGCGGAAGCGGUCGUCGUCGACGCGCGCGCGAAGGGGACGAUACGUCGACCUCCGGCGCCGCCGUUACCGACGCACGAAGCGUUCGUCGCGCCGCCGGCGCCGCCGGCGAAGAAACCAAAGCGCUCCGCGGCGGCGGCGCUGAGCCACGCCAAGAGACUCGGGGGCGACGUUCAGAAGUGGGCCAAGCUGCGCGACGUGGAAGCGGAAGACGCGAGGCCCGCGAAGGCGAGCGAACGCAUGGAGGCCGAACGCGCGCGCGAGCUCGAGGAAUGGCGAAAGGAUCGCAUUCGAGACGGCGUCGAUGGGUCGAAGAAUCCAAACUUUUUACCCGUCGGCGACUGGCGCGCGCGCGUCAAAGCGGCGGCGGCGAAGACCAAACUCGAGGAGUUUCGCGCGCGCCGAGAGGAUCAAGCGCGAGUGAAUAAAACGGCGACGAUAGAACGGUCGAACGCAGACGACGCGAGCGCAGAGCUCGAAGCGCCGCUUCCACCCGGCUGGCGCGCCUUCGUCGACGACGAAUCGGGCCGCGUCUACUUCGGCAACUUUGACACGAAGCGAACGACGUGGGAACGACCGCGGUAG